AUUUUUAUUUUCUUUUUCUUUUUCCUAACCUUUUCGCCUCGCUUUCGUGCGGCGAGGGUUUGGUGGGGCGAUCGGAGGCGAGAGAGGGGACGCGAAAUUUCUCUCUAAAAUGUGAGGUCGAUUUUAACCCUAAGCUUGCGAAAACCCUAACGCCGCUCUCGAUCUAACCCUGAAAAGGGAUUUGAGCUUCAGUCCACAGUGGAAAGAAGAGAUUUUUGGUGGGGGAGCGCCAAAAGCGAGCUCAGAUUCAGAAUCUAGGGUUUCUAGAAAUGGACGGGAGGGAGCCGGUGAGGGCGAACUCGUCGUCUCAGCCGCCGAGUAUGAUGGUGAGCCCUAACUCGUACGGAGUCGGGGCAGCGAGUAACUCCCCCGUGGUGACGAGCUCGGGUGGGAUGAUGCAGGGUAUGAGGUUCUUCGAACCCAUAUCGGCUUCUUCCUCGGCGCCAAAGCCCAUGGAUGGGGGGCCAAUGGGGGGGCCAAUGUAUGGAGAUGGCGGGGGGCCGAGCAUGCGGCAGUGUGGCAUGCUCAACAUGGGUGGGGAGCAAAUGAGGAAGAAGCGGGGGAGGCCGAGGAAGUACGGGCCCGACGGUAGCAUGGCGCUGGCCUUGACGCCAAUGUCUUCGGCGUCAGGGUAUUCUAACAGUCCGAUGUCGGAUCCGGCAAUGAAGCGAAGGGGCAGGCCCCCUGGGUCGGGGAAGAAGCAGCAGCUUGAAGCUCUGGGGUCUUCAGGGGUUUCAUUUACUCCGCAUAUCAUCACUGUUAAACCUGGAGAGGAUGUUGCUUCAAAGAUCAUGGCCUUUUCGCAGCAAGGUCCUCGCACAGUCUGUAUUCUUUCUGCCAAUGGUGCCAUCUGCAAUGUAACGCUUCGUCAGCCGGCAACCUCUGGUGGAACAGUGACAUAUGAGGGCCGCUUUGAGAUCAUUUCUCUGUCAGGAUCCUUUCUGCUUGCCGAAGAUGGCGGCACCCGUAGCAGAACUGGCGGUUUGAGUGUGGCACUUGCAGGAUCUGAUGGCCGUGUCCUUGGGGGUUGUGUAGCUGGAAUGCUGAUGGCUGCGACACCUGUGCAGGUUGUCGUGGGCAGUUUCAUUGCAGAAGGUAAAAAGCCAAAGACUGACCCAUUCAAGCGUGAACCUUCAUCCGCUCCGCCUCAGAUGGCGGGCUUCGGGCCGUCUUUGGCUGCAAGCCCACCCUCUGAAGGGACGUCAAGUGAAUCCUCCGACGACCCCGGCAGCCCAAUUAACCACACCGGAGGCACCAUCAACAAUUCAGGCCCUCACAUUCAAUCUCCAUAUUCAUCGGUCGGUUGGUCCCUCUCUGCGAAUCCGAAUAGACACGAUCAAGCCGACAUGAAGAUGAUGCCUAACUAAUGAUAUUCCUCUUCCCAAUCUCCGAUAUCGAAGUAGACGGUGGGCAAAGAUCUCGAUGAUUUGUAGUGUUACAUGUAUUCCUGAAUGGCCUAGGGGUUGUUUACUCUACUACAUGAAGAGUUAGAUUAAUGUUGUUGUUCUGUUCUAUUUAUGUAGUUUGAAUGUUGCUAUUUUGUAGCUUCUAACAGUAGUUUCUGUCCAAAGCUGCGACCUCCACUGUGUAGGAUAUUAUGGUAAUGCAGAGAAUGCUCCCAGUUUUAAUCUCCUGUUAUACUAUUUAUAAUCAUGACUUGAUAUUAAUUUGUUCGCUUCUUGGAGUA